CAAAAAGCUGUAUUACAGCAGACAAGAGGAAAAUGAAAGCACUAACUAUAACCGCAACAGUUUGUUUAUGUUUUGCUUCUGCGACAAUUAGAAUUAGUUUAAUUUAGAAAUGGGAAAAGUUAAAAAAAAUAAAUCAAAGAAUUCUAAUCGCCAUGAUCCUUUAGAUCAACAAAUAAUUGAAAAUAACUUCGCAAAAUCGUCAUUUCGGAACAAAGUAAGGAACAGACAGGACGAAGAUGAGGAGUUUGUAGAUGACAAAUUAACUAAGAAAAUUUUGAAGCAAGCGAGAAAGCAACAGGAAGAUUUAGAAGAGGAAGUCGGAAUUUCGAUUAAAGAGCGCAAAGCUUGUCCCUCUAUCUCCCUUAAUCUAUCCCCCCAGGUUGCAGAUUCUGAUGAUGAUGAUGAUGAUGCUAGCAUUACAAAGGGUGAACUCUUAGAAGACUUAAAAAUAAACGAAGAAGAUGAGAAAGCUUUUCAGAGCUUUAUGUGUAAAGAUCCAGUUCAAAGAGCUACACUUGCAGAUUAUAUUAAAGAAAAAUUGACAGAAAAGCAGACAGAAAUUCAGACAAUUUUUUCAGAUGCUGGAAGUCUUAGAGCGGAAGAUUUAGAAAAAAUCGCACCUUUGUACAAAGGUGUUGCCCAAGUACUAUCCCGCUACAGAAGUGGAAAACUACCGAAAGCAUUUAAAGUAGUACCUAAAUUUACAAAUUGGGAACAAAUUCUUCAGCUUACAGAACCUGAAAAAUGGACUUCUGCUGCUGUAUACCAAGCAACUCGAAUAUUUUCUUCAAAUCUGAAAGAAAAAAUGGCUCAAAGGUUUUACAAUUUGGUUCUUUUGCCGAGAUUGAGAGAUGAUAUUGCUGAAGCUAAGACACUGAAUUUCCAUUUGUAUGAGGCUCUGAAAAAAGCACUCUUUAAACCUGCUGCAUUUUUCAAAGGAAUUAUUUUGCCACUCUGUGAAUCAGGUACUUGUACACUGAGGGAAGCUACUAUAUUUGGUAGUGUACUUGCAAAGUGCUCGAUCCCUAUUCUCCACUCAAGUGCUGCCUUACUCAGAAUAGCUGACAUGGAUUACAAUGGUGCCAAUAGCAUCUUCAUGAGGAUAUUAUUAGAAAAGAAAUAUGCAUUGCCCUUUAGAGUCGUAGAUGCUGUUGUGGCUCACUUCCUACGGUUUAAGAAUGAUGAUAGGCAACUACCUUUACUAUGGCAUCAAUGUCUGUUGACUUUUGCACAACUUUAUAAAAACGAUAUCUCACAAGAGCAACAGCUUGAGCUUUUGGAAUUGCUCACUAUUCAUCCACACACUCAUGUUACUCCAGAAAUUCGUCGGGAAUUGCAAAGUAGUACUUAUCGCAAUUCUCAAAAAACUGUAAAUAUGGACCUAAAUUAAUGAAUCUGUAAAUAGUUUUAUUUUGUUUUUGCAAUAAACUGCAA